GCAUUAAGGGAGGGGAUGCCUGGAAAGUGCGUUGAUCCCCAGCGCAGUUCGCCACGCAGAGACGAUAGAGGAACGCCAGUUUGGAGGGUGCAGAAGCAGCUUUAAACCUGGAGUCAGACAGGAGAUCUACCAUAGUCCAUCUCAUCCAUUCCCCACCCCGUUCUUCUCUUCUAUCCUCUUUUCUGUCUUUCUUGUGCCCCCCAUCUCCACGCUCCUCUGUCCUGGAUUAUGUCCGUGAGUCUAUGGGUUUCUGCUUACACAGCGUGGCCUGGAACAGACUAGGGAUUCAGAAUGGCUGUAGCUCUGGAUGCAGUGUGGGUGAGGGUGAAAGGGGUGUGUAAGCAGAAUGGACUCCUCAUCCUGUCCGUGUUGGCUGUGGUCAUAGGAUGCCUGAUCGGCUUCUUUCUACGGACAAAACGUCUCACAGAACAGGAAGUGAAGUAUUUCCAGUUUCCUGGAGAGCUACUGAUGAGGAUGUUAAAGAUGCUGAUCCUUCCCCUUGUUGUGUCCAGUCUGAUGUCGGGACUAGCCGCCCUGGAUGCUAAGUGUUCCAGCAGACUGGGCCUGAUCACCGUGUCUUACUACUUGUGGACAACGUUUGUGGCGGUGGUGGUAGGCAUCAUCAUGGUCUCUAUCAUCCACCCUGGAGGAGCAGCCCAAAAGGAGGACUCUGAGGACAGUGGCAAGGCAAUAAUGAGCUCAGCUGACGCCCUGCUAGACCUUAUCCGCAACAUGUUUCCCUCCAACUUGGUUCAAGCCACAUUCCAACAGUACCGUACAAGAAAUGUUCCCAUUAUAAAAACGCCAAAGACCACAGUGAGUAUGAGCCUCUCAGAGUCCACUACACGCCGAACACUCAUCUACGGUAUCCAGGAUGACAACGGAACAGACAUACAGAACUUCUCCCUGGACUUGACACCUCCUCCAGAUGUAUACUUCAGAACACUCCCUGGAACCAGUGAUGGAAUGAAUGUCCUUGGAAUUGUCAUCUUCUCAGCCACCAUGGGUAUUAUGCUGGGCAGGAUGGGGCCUAAUGGCAGUGCCUUGGUCAACUUUUGCCAGAGUCUCAAUGAGGCAGUCCUGAAAAUUGUUGCUAUCGUCAUUUGGUACUUCCCAUUUGGGAUUGUGUUCCUGGUUGCCGGUAAGAUACUAGAGAUGAGCGACCCGUCGGCCAUGGGUAAGAAGCUGGGUUUCUACGCUGUCACAGUGGUGUUUGGCCUGAUCCUCCAUGGCCUCUUCAUCUUGCCGGCAAUGUACUUCUUCAUCACCAAGAAGAGCCCCAUCGUCUACAUCAGGGGCAUUCUGCAGGCCCUGCUCAUUGCUUUGGCAACAUCGUCCAGCUCUGCCACACUGCCUAUCACCUUCAAGUGCCUACUGGAGAACAACCACAUCGACCGUCGGAUCAUUCGAUUUGUGCUCCCCGUGGGAGCGACCAUCAACAUGGACGGGACGGCACUCUAUGAGGCCGUGGCUGCUAUCUUCAUUGCCCAAGUCAACAAUUAUGAGCUGGACUUUGGCCAAAUCAUUACUAUCAGCAUCACAGCCACAGCCGCCAGUAUCGGUGCUGCAGGAAUUCCACAGGCCGGACUGGUCACCAUGGUGAUCGUGCUAACAUCAGUUGGGUUGCCAACCGAUGACAUCACUCUCAUCAUUGCGGUGGAUUGGGCAUUAGACAGAUUCCGGACUAUGGUGAAUGUGAUGGGGGACGCAUUAGCCACAGGUAUCAUGGCCCACAUCUGUAGAAAAGACUUCAUAAAAGAAGGAGAUGGGGUGCCUCUGAUCUGUGAAACCAAGCCUGUGAAAAACACCCAGCAACCGAUGACCUGUCAGAACAACAACGGAAGAUUUGCCUCACGUCCCCCAGAGACAGGGGUUAAAACAGACGCCGUUCCCCCCAAUGUGGAGCGCCUCAUACAGCUGGAGGAAGGGGUGCGGCCCACACACCCUCCAGAUAGGAAAAAGCCUCCGGUGCCCCCAAGGCAGCUGAAAAAGGAUAAGGGUCACUGUGCGAUUGAUAUGAAUGGGCUAGAGACCAAUGUAUAGCCCCCAUUCCUUAGCACCAUUCAUUUCAACAAAUGUGAAAAGCUCCGCACAUCCAUAACCAGUUGGCUAUCUCAAAGUUCAGUAUGUCCGAAUGAAAUGACACUAGGCACAGGAACUCACAGAGGUGGAGAUAGAUGAACAGACAAAACAAGGAUGGAUCCCAUCUUACAAUGAAUCGAUAUUGUUGACUGAUCGAGUGAAAUAUUUGGUUAUGUUUGUAAGAACAUGAACUUUACGACAAGACUACUUCUUAUCAGCGGAUGCAGAGCUGUACAGGUGAGGAUAUGCUUUUUUGAAAACUGACAGUAAUUCGUCCAUAGAAGAGUCCUUUAAUAUAAAAUAACACAAAUUGGAAUAAGUUACAUCAAGCACUGUGCCCAUCAUUUUUUUUAGGCUAAAAGAAGUAUACUGCAUUUGCUGUUCACUGUCUAGACCAUCUGUACACAUCCCUAACUAACUUGCACAUGCCAUAGCUGCAUUGGAGAAGAUGCUCAAUUUUGUGUGGAGUUGCCAUUUGUGUGGGGUGGAAGAACAUGGAAGAACAUGCCACUGUCACCAAUGUCUACAUAUUUGUAAAACUUGUCUGAGAUUUGUAGAUAUUGUCUUUGAUAUUUUAAUUUUAUAAUAUUAAUAAGUAGAUUUUUUGUUGUUGUAUAGUUUUCACAAAAAUUAGCAGGAAAGAGACAAAAACAAGACAUGUCGAACCCUUAGAUGUGUUCAUCUUUUCAAGAACGACCCCUUCCUCACUCUCGUUUAUUUCUGCCUUAAUGAAGCCAGUGCUAGGCUGGUUUCAAGGGUGGGGAAAGAGGAGCUUUCAAGGGCUAAACACCUGGUUACUGGUUCGUGAUUUACCAUGGAUGUUAUACUCUGUCUUCAAAUGAAUGCUUCUCAAUCUUUAUGUGCGCUGAUAUACUACUGUAAUAAAAUGUUUUAUGCUUUGUUCA